AUGGUGUUCGCGCGUGGCGAUGUCUCCGGCCAUGAUGAACCAGUAAUAGAUCAUCAUGAUCCCAAUAAAGAUGUCACAAUUGUGUCCUGGGAUGGACCAAGAGAUCCUGGAAACCCAUACAACUGGUCCCUAUGCGAGAAAUGGCUUCUCACGGCCCUCGCCAUAUUUGCUACCUUCAUGACCAUGAUCAACGGCACAAUAUUUACAGUAGCCCACGAAACUAUGAAUGAGCGCUUCCACCUUUCAGACGCUCAUUUCCCCCAUUCCUACUGGCCCGUCACAUCGUGGGCCGUGGGCGGCGGCUGUUCCUCCCUGCUCGUCCUCCCACUCAUGGAGGACUUUGGUGUGCGAUGGGUGUUCCUGGGCACGUACAUGACCUUCAUUUGUUUUGUCGUGCCCCAGGCUGUGGCACAGAAUUUUUACACCUUGGUCAUAACGAGAUUCUUUGCCGGAGGAUGCGUCUCUAUCCUUGCCAACACCUCUGGUACAGUGAUUGGGAAUGUUUGGGAUACGGAGCGAAAUCGAAACGUCCCUGUUAGCCUUUUCAUCGUUGCCUACCUGGCUGGUAGUAGCAUCGGUCCAGUUAUUGGAGCUGCUAUAUACCAAGCUCUCACGUGGAGGUGGAUUGGUUAUAUCCAGCUCAUCUGGUAUGGUGCUUUCUUCCCUCUGUACUUCUUCUUGUUCAAGGAAUGUCGUGGAAUUGCAAUCCUAGGACAGCGGGCUAAAGCUCUGCGCCGUGAAGGCAAGAAUGCCUAUACCCAGCAUGAAAUCGACACACAAGGCCAGUCGAUUUUGAGUAUCGUGGGCCACAGCGCGAGCAGGCCGCUUUUCCUGUUCUUCACCGAGUCUGUGGUUUUUGUAUCGGCGCUCUGGUCGGCAUUUACUGUCGGUACAUUGUAUCUGUUCACUCAGUCUGUCGAGCAGGUAUUCGCAGAGUUGUAUGGUUGGACACCAUCGCAAGCUGGAUACGUCCAAACAGCAGUCGUGAUCGGGGAAAUCAUCGGAUGGGUGAUGACCUUAUUCUCAGGAAAGCUUUACUUCGACUCGGCAUCCCGCAAUAAGGAAAUUCCCGGUACACCUAUUCCCGAGGCUCGGCUGUACCUUGCCAUUGUGGGCGGCAUCUUCGGCAUCUCCGGUGGCAUGUUCACAUACGCCUGGACGUCAUACCCCAAUUUUCCAUGGAUCGCACCAGCUGUUGGUCUCGCUAUGGUAGGGGCUGGUAGUGUUAUUGUCGUGACGGGAAUCUCAGAUUAUGUGGUCGAUGCAUACAGCAAAUACGCGGGUAGUUGUAUGGGUAUCAUUGCCACUGGUGAGAACACCCUGGCGGCGUUCCUGCCUCUGGCUACUAUGAGCAUGUAUUCUCAUCUUGGGCUCCAGUGGGCUAGUACGGUACUGGCCUUUAUUGCGUUGGUUCUGUCUUUUGCUCCAAUACUAGUGCUUAUCUGGGGUAAAGAAAUCCGAGCACGGAGUCCGUUCAUGAAGGAAGCCAUGGUGGAAAAGAGAAGGAAGAGUAUCGACUCUGUCUGA